UCCUACAACACGUGUAUCCAAAAAAUGACGUUAUGCUUCAGUCGUAGGAAAAACUGACACGUUUCCCUUUCCAUUAAAACAGCAGGAAGUUGAGAAACGAAAUCAGAGCUCGUUUCAGAAGCGAAUGAGGGCUGGAUUGUCUCAGCAGUCCCAGAUAAAAUAAGAUUCAUUAGCAAAGAAGGAUGGAAAAGUGUCUUGCUAGUGGAAUUUAAAUCAAACAAUGCACCAUUUCACUGUUCUGUGUUAGACGUUGGGAAAAGAAACAAGUGUCAAGUUUUAUCAGUAAACCAACCAGUCCCAUGGCCUCACUGCGUUUCUUUUUCCUUACUGCUCACGAAAGAAGAUUAAAAAUGAAAUACUUCAAACAUUCUAAUAUUGUGGUGCUCUGAACAUACAUGCUGUAGCUGUUUCACUCUAAUGAUAUCAGCUUCUGUCUUUCUUCAAUUAUUUUUCACCUACUCUGUUUCCAGUGGAGUGUUUUAUAGGUUUUCACUUACGAUGGAAACUCUCCCAGUCUGUCUUGAACAGCUUCUCUUGUAUUUUUAGAGUCAGGUCAGUGUAUUUUAGCAAACAGUCACUUUUAGUUUGCUGAGCCCAGAAAUAUGGUCUUUUAAAGUAUCCAUUGGGCUUACAUUUUCCUGGUGUGCAGCUUCUCCCACUGUAUUUACAGAUCAGUUUUUGAAGGGUUUGAGUAACAUUUCCUACUGCCUGUCAGUGACAUUUCUAUUACUAUACAGACUUUACUGGUUUCCCACACUUACUUCCUUCAGGGUCCACCUGCUGCUCCCAGUUGUUAUGGGACAUUCAGGUCUCGGUGCACCGUUUGCUUCUUGGAGGUCCGGCUUCAGCUCUGUCAGCUGCACUUGCUCUUUCAGCACCUCACUGGGAGUCCUGCUGGAUCCCUAAAUAUGUGGCUUCAUUUCCAUGUCUUCACCUCCCAGCAGGCUUUCUUUAGUUUAAGAAGACUGCUGAAGCUGACCUGUUUCAUAACCGUUCACCUGUUGGCACUCUUGGUCCUCUGGAUGCAGUGCAUGCCAGUGAUUCAGUCACUUUUGGAGCAGCCUGUUGGGAUAUUACAGGGGUCAUGAUUAAAAUGAAAUAAACAGCUUAUAAUUAGCAAAGGUAGUAAUUUCCUGCAAAUACAUAGAGAGCAAAACAAGAAAAAAGAAAAAUAAGAUCUUUGAAUGCUUGCAGUUAGGUCACAGCUGAUUUUUAUAUCCUUUCACUUGUUUUGUUUGCAGCUCGUGCUCCUAGGGUUGAUUUGGAGAGCUGAUCAAAGACGAGGGUUUAGCAAACCUAGACUGGCAUCUGUCCAGUCGUUCCUCUCUAAAUUCUGUUUGCUUAACCCCAAAAGUUGUCGUAUAUCCCAGUGCGCUCACAGUCUUCAUCCUGAGCUCUAAAUCAAACAGAAAACGGGGUCUGUUUGGCCUGCUGUGUGCCUCCCUUCCAAUUUCUGUCUUGGAGUUUAAAGUAGCUCAAGUGCCAUUUCAACAGUUUAGAGUUUGUUCUACAUUUGGAACAAGUUGAAUUUGCAGUUGAACUCCUACUUGAGCAUUGAGACUAUGUUGCAAGUAAUGCAACACACGGUUAUCAAGGGCACAUUUUAGUCACUUGAUGCCGUUUCAUGUGUGCAUCUUUGCACGCGUGCAGUGUGCUUUGCAGGUGAACAGAUGUGGGUAGCACUUGCUAUGGACCUGGUUAUGUUACAUAGCAUCCCAUAGAGAAGAGGAAAGCAUUGUGAAGGCUUUUCAGUAAAAGAUUAUUUAUUUUUAUUGUUGCAUUUUGAUAUACGUUUGAUAGUUCAAAUCAUUUAAAUCCUCAUAGGUCAUCAAGCUCAGUAAGCCUAUGGAGAAAGAAUUAGGAGAGGAUUCCAGGACAGAGUACCAUAGACCUGCAAUAAUGAUAUCCUUAUGGAUUUCUCUACUGUCUUUCUUCAUUAGUUGCUGUUGGUCCUUUUUUUGUUUGUCUUUUCAUUAUUUUUCUCAUAGUUACUAAAGGCUCUGAGUUGGUUGUUCGGGGUUUGUUUUUUGGUUGUUUUUUAAUCAGAUGUUAGUGAAGAUGAAGAUAUUGUCUAUGUAUUUCUGGUGUUAAAUAUAUGGCAUUGAAUUUGGAGAAGAGAACAUUGCUUCCCACGUUGGUUUCAGGGACACAGAAGUUAGUUUAUUUAACUCGUGCAUGGCUGCCUUUUGUUACGUGGCCAGAUGUGAGGGCCAGGCAUCUCUCGUGCCCAUUCCAUAAAUCAUGGUGGUGUUUCACGUUUUGAUCCCCUUAGUUUUAGGGAAACUUUCUUAAUGUUGAUAUUAAUUCCCAGCACAUAUGCAUAGGUCUGAGUUGGUAAGUUUUCAAGCAUUACUGAGCAAGAUAGAUGGGUGCUACCAACGGUUCUGGUAGUAGGGAUGUGUGAAAACUCCUUACCGCGUGGUUUGUCAUCUGGCAGCAUUUCCAUCUGCUUGGAGCUAACAUGAAUUUUAAUUUAGUACAACGAAGUACCUUGCUGCUGAGAGUCAUUUCUAAGCAGCGCUGAAAGCAGUGUGUGUUAAAGUGCAGCAUCUGAAUACUAAGCUGCCCUUCUGGGACGCUGUGCAAAAUGAUGUAACUGAGUGAAAAGGCUCUGCAGGAAUAAACCUCAUCUUCUCCCUUGUUGUAGCUCAGUGUCACCACAGCAGAACUUCCACGAGGCUUGUGUAUGAAGCUUGCUUGACUGUGUGGUUAGAUUGUGUUGUAUGAAAAAGGGUUCUGACUGUAACAGCUACAGAUCUUGAGGUUUUAUUUUGCUGUCCUGAGCCUGUGCUUCAGCACUACUGCAAAGAGAGAACACUUAAGGAAGCUUUAAAUGCUUCUGGGGAUUCCAACAGGAAAAUUUUCUUGCUCUUGUGUCUGGGCAGCUCCCCAGGAUGGCAAGUAAAGGACCUACAACUUCUGCAUCAACAAAGAGCUCCAGUACUGGAGGGACCAGUGGCAGCAGCAGCAGUAACGGUGCUGGCGACAACACUAACCAGGACAACACUUUUGAAUGUAACAUCUGUUUAGACACUGCCAAGGAUGCAGUCAUCAGCUUGUGUGGACAUCUCUUCUGCUGGCCUUGUUUACACCAGUGGUUAGAAACCAGGCCAAACAGACAAGUGUGCCCUGUUUGCAAAGCAGGAAUCAGUCGAGAUAAAGUUAUUCCUCUGUAUGGAAGAGGCAGCACUGGACAACAGGACCCCAGAGAGAAAACUCCACCACGACCCCAAGGACAGAGACCUGAACCAGAGAACAGAGGGGGAUUCCAAGGCUUCGGGUUUGGAGAUGGUGGCUUCCAAAUGUCAUUCGGAAUUGGGGCAUUUCCCUUUGGUAUAUUUGCCACAGCAUUCAACAUAAACGAUGGGCGACCUCCUCCAGCUGUUCCAGGGACUCCUCAAUAUGUGGAUGAGCAGUUCCUAUCCCGCCUCUUCCUGUUUGUGGCUCUGGUGAUUAUGUUCUGGCUGUUGAUUGCAUAAAUUGUUUCCAUUAUUCUGUAUACUCAUAGCCAGAAAGGCUACUGAAACAGUUAUGAACUGCUUCCCAUCCCAUUUUAAACCUCUUGGUGUCUGGUUCCAUAGCUAACCAUGGGUUUCAGAAAUUGGUGGUACCACAGCACAGUGAAGAAUCUCACAUUUUGCACCACAGUUGGAAAUUAAACAAUUGGUUAAAAAUUUCAGCUCGGCUGUCUUGUACAACAGGUUCCUACCACAAACCCUGGGCCUAGCUUUGAGCUCUGCUCCUGAAAGGAGUGCUGCUUUGAAAUCCUGUGCCAAUCAGUUACAACAGGUUUAUGUGAAAGACAGUUGCCCCAGGGUAGCCUGGACAGGUGAGGAAACUUCUGCAGCACCAUCAGUAUCUCAUGCUUGGCAAACAUGGUGGAUCUGCCAGCGCUGUGGGUGUUACUCAGUUUCUUCAAUCAACAUCCAGCCUUCUUCAGGAAAUCACCUGCAGCACGGCUGAGACUCUUUGGGCACAGCAUGUGAUACAAAUGGAACCAGGUGUGGAGACUGGUUUCUUUUCUUGCUGUUGUUUCCCACAGCAAUGGAAAACUCCUGCCUGAAGCUGCUCUAAUGGCAGUUAGAAGAGCUACUAAUUUAUGCUGCAAUUUUUUUAAAGCCUGAAUUUGCUGGAGCCAGACACUGGAAGAUUCUCUCAUGAAGCUGGGUGAGGUUAUCGAACAGUAGGACUUACCUAUCUGCCUCACCUGGCCAGUUCCUCACUGACAUAACAGUGUUGUCUUCCGUGGUUCUGUGCAACAGCACUUACGGAUAAUCCCCUCCCAACCCUGCCACUGCAGCUACAUUUCUUUCUCCCAGGGCUGUGAGACUUUUCUACACAAGAUCGCAAAUAAAAUCCUAUUAAUGACCUGAA